GGUAAGCCACCUCAACAACCAAUUGCUCAAGUCUUAUUCAAUGCUUUAGAAACUUGCCGAUUGUCACCUUUAUUUUUUAAACGAAUAAUCGAUGAAAGGGAAGCAAAUCUAGAUGAUUUACCGUAUUUCACUAUUAAAGAUCUUGAAUCAUAUGGUGAAAAUACUGCGUCAUGUCUUUUAUAUUUACAUCUUGAAUCUUUGAAUGUUAAGGAUGUGAAAGCAGAUCAUGCUGCAAGCCAUAUUGGAAAAGCUAUUGGAAUUGCUACUAUUCUAAGAGCAUUUCCUUAUCUUGCUAGUCCCGUUAAAGGGUUAGAUGAUAUUGUUUUUGAAGUGGCCACAUUGGCUCACGAUCAUUUACUUACUGCUCGAUCACUCUUGCCAGAUAUACUUGGUCAAACUUUACCUGCUUUAUUAUCAGCU